AUGAGCCCCGUCAAUAGCCUCUGGUUCAAGUGGAAGAGCCUGCGGCUGCCGUGGAGGAGGUUCUUCCUUGUUGGUAGGGAUCUUGCAGGCAAUACCUUUUGGGAGUUCAAAGACUCUGUCAACUCCUCUCGACUGCGCCGGAUUGUGAGAUACAACCCCAAGACCCAUUAUGCUGACGUCAAGGUGUCGCCGCAAUGGCAUCAGUGGCUACGACAUGUUCGGCCGGAACCACCGUCGAUAGAAGAACAACAGCACGAACUCCUCAGACAAGAACAAAUCAAAUACUUGGCGGAACUGGCUGAUGGACGUUGGGCAAGUAAACCAUCGUAUCUAGACCGGCCGCAGGAGCAGCAGUCAAGCCCUGCGGUACAAUCGCAGCGUCCAGCGUCUCACGCUGGGCCAACGCCCACAGCUGAGCAGGCCGGUGUGCGCUCAGCAAUUGGUAGCGAAACAGAACUUGAAGCUCAAGGAACGAAAAAGAAGGGAAAGCCUGCCAAUCCGUGGGAGCGAAAUACUGCUGCGCCUGGCGAAAACUGGCAGCCAGAAGCCUGGUCGCCUUCUGCUGCAAAAAGAUAG